AAGAUUGAGGGCAGGCGUUGGUCUGUGGCAUCCCUUCCCUCCUCUGGUUACGGCACAAACACUCCAAACAGCUCUAACUCUCAGUGUUCAUCACAAGAAAAGUUGCACCAAUUGUGCCAUUUAUCACACGAAGACUCCUCUCAUACGACUGGUGGCGCACAUGUCGGCCAUCACACGCAUCACUGUUGUCAUCACCUCAACCACAAUCUCUUACAACAUACACAUCACCACAAGAUAUUAAAUUUAGAAGCGGCUCAACAUUUCAGUAGUAAUGACAGCAAUCAGGGAUAUGACGACGAGGUUCGAUGCCUUUCACCAAUGAUUAGGCCGCGCUCUAGGAGUCUCAGUAGUCCUGUCCGGUCCCCCAGCGCUGACAGCGAAAGGAGAUUCCCGAAAGCCACGCAACAAAUGGAGGAAAAGCUGUCGAAAUUCAUAAGCGAUCAGUUGAACGUCGAUGACAUCGAGUGUUGGGCCGCAUCUGACGCA